UCAUUAUUCUCUGUUGUGGAAGGUCAACCGACCGUAUAUAUACCGGCCGCGGCGCAAAAUUUGAACUUUCUACCGUAUAGCAACAUAGACAUGGUAGUUCUUUAGUAUUAUCAAUGAUUUUAAACAUCCGAAAAUCAGUAUGCCACUCAGCAGGAGCCCCGAAUCUAUGCAACACAUCUCUUCUGGAGUCGAAGGAGUGGUAAAAAAUUACCAACUUGAGUUGAAAUUCGGAUUCAUCAGCGAGAAAGAUGCGAAUGGGAGGGAUGCCAUGCAGAGGGAUGCUUUCUUCCACAUCUCCGCCGUACUCGAUCAAUACCGGAGUCGCCGGAUUAGGGUGGGGGAUCGGGUGGUCUAUGAUUUGUAUCUAGCACCGAAAGGCUACAGGGCAGAAUCUGUUCAUAUCCUUGAUCAGGAAUCCGUAACAGAGCCUUUGGAAACUGAAGUUUAUGAUGAUUUGCUUUGUGAAAAUGACUGGUUUCGAGGAAGUGCACUGCCCAUCAACCACCAACCUUCAGCAAGUGGUGAUAACAAAGCGAAAGGUCACAAACAAAAUAAUGAAGGUUCAACAGGAAAACAGAGGAAGAAAGGACGACGAGGAAGAGGAGGGCGCCGGGGACAUGGACAAAACAAUGAAUCCACAGAACCUAGAUCAAAUCACUCUACUUCAACUCCAUGUAGUGGAAGAAAAGAAAAUGGAAGUACUUGUCCAAAUGCAACUCCAACAACCCAAACACAGCUUUCAUGGUCUGAGAAGCAAAGAGAGCGUGGAAACAUCUUCUACAAAUCUGCUACUGAGGAUUUUGGUAGCACAGUUCGUAUCAGUAGACUUGAAAAUGCCAUCACUUGUUACAAGAGUGCGUUUUCAUGCAGCAACAACAAAGAAGAUGAAGCCUCAGCAUUGAAGAAUAUUGGAAUGGCGUCAUGGAAGCUAGCAACAAUUGCUCUUGAGAAGGAGACGGAGGAAACUGGGAAGAAUAUACUGAAGUCUUUCAAAGAAGCUUUGAAGUUCUUCUGCAUGGCAUAUGUACUGAGGUCUUACAAGAAUGCAUCAUGGGGAGAGAAGCUGGAAGAGUCAUGGGAAAAUUGUUUUGAUGAGAGCUAUGAUUGGUUGGCAACGCUCAACACAAGUGGGAGAAUAGCUGGUUUCAGUGAGCUCAUAGGUUAUCUGCCGGACUGUGGACUAAAGGCUAAUGGAUACAUUCAGUAUGCAACACUUCUCUUUCAUGAGGGUCUUACUUCCUGGCAAGAUGGAGAAUACAAGGACUGUUACAGGUACAUGAAGGAAUGCUACUUUCCUAUCCAAGAAGCAGACAGGCUCAGUGAAGGAGAUAGUUAUAUCAAGGGUGAAGUGGAAGUCUUACUGGAAGAUGUCUACCUCCACACAUGUGUUGCUGAGUCUAGCAUGGCACGAGCAACAGCUGAUAACUUGCUUAAAGAACAUUUCAAGAAUGAUGAAACGGUGAACACUGAUACAAUUUGGACAGUGAUAGACUUCUACAAACAAGCAGCUGUGUUGUGCAGGGACAAGGACCUUGAACAGGAGGCUAUAGCUUACAGUCGACUUGGACGCGUCUAUGGCAAGGUGCUCAAUUUGUCUUCCAGAGGAAAGGAUUACUACAAGAAAGCUAUUCAGCUGGCUCUCAGUAUGACUCCAAGGACAUUCCAUGGUGUUGAUUGGUUUAAGGAGUCCACUGCCUUUGUAGAGAAUUUCCAGAAGCAGUUGAACAAGGAAGAAGAGGAAGACAAGGACAAGGAAGCUGCCCUGAAGGAGAUGAAGGAAGAUGUUGACAAACUCUCAAAGAUGGCUGCUGAAAUGUGUAAUGUAGAUUUCAUCAAGGAAAUCUACAAGACAUGGCCACCCAGAGCUCCAGGGGCAAAGUUAGAUGAGAAACUUGCUACCAAGAAGCUGCUCUUGAAGGCCAUCAGUCACUAUCACCCAGACAAGGUGGACAAAGAGGUUCAUGGCAAUAACUGGUUCUAUUUCAGUGAAGAGAUCACCAAGCACCUUAAUAUCAAGUAUGCCAACCACAAGGGUGUGGAAUAAAUGGCAUACCCAUAUUAUCUCCUCUUUCUAAAUGAUCAUGACUAGAAUAUUAAGAAAUAAAUUCUCAAGAAGAGAGUAUUACAUUCCAUGCCACACAAUAUCUAUGCAAUAUUACAACUACCUUGCCUACACACUUAACUGUGGCCUUUAACAUUCGCAUGUGAACUGGAGUGAUUGGCAAAACUCUGCAUAUGAACUUCAUUAAAAACCUUUCAUACAUGUAGUAUAUAUAAGCAGCAUUUGUUCAUCACUAGUUGAUAAGUCCUGUCCGUCCUAAAUUGUAUUUUAGACGGGUAUCAAAACUCGAGUAGAGAAGAUAUAUAAGGGAUUAUGAGGUAUUUAUGAUUCUCCUUCACUGACAAAAGAUCGUAUGGUUUAUUUUUUCAUGAACAGAUGUACUUUGUAUAUUAAUGUGUGUUUCAUGGGGGUUUAUUGUAUGUACUGCAUGAUUAUUUGAUUUAAGUUCUAGUUACAGUAGUUAUAAUGCUAGAAAAAUAUAUUGAAAAGUGCCAAACUUUAUUUUUUCUAUUGUUAGGAUGCUUGUGGUGUUAGUUGUUGUUGUGAUGUGGAAAAAAAAACAUUUGUUAAGGGGGUCAUCAAAAAGAUUUUAUAAAAGAACUGUUGGGGGGGGGGUGAAUGUUUGGUGGUAUUUCUUGUUUGUCAAAAAGAGGAGAGACAUUCCCCCUCCCUCUACGGAUCCACCCCUGGGGAGCUUUUCAUCAACAUUUUUGACAAGUUGUCAGAUCUGACAACUUUCCUUGAUUUUGAUUGGCUGAAAGUAACUGUUACUAUGGUAACUGUAGGAUACAACAGGACACGUUGGAUAAAACAUCUAACAAGUUCUUUCAUGAAAUGCUCCCCUGGAUAUAUAACACUAGAUCUUUGCAACUUUUCUUCUAAAUUUUCAUCUUCACCAUUGUCAUUAUUGGCAACACUGCUUCACUGUUUGCAUCCUCACUUAGUUAGUAUCCUGACUGUCUUCACCAUCAAAGUCUUCUCAUGAUUAGCAUUGUUCAUGUCAACACUUAUACAACUAUGACUACCAUCCUACUUAUCACUGCCAUCGUCUCCAUUACUAUCAACAAUUACCACCAAAAUGUGUUGAAGUUAUAGUUCAGUUCUGAUCAUGUGAUUCUUGUGUCAGAAAAAUAUCUUUUAAAAGCAAUCAGAAAAUGUUUGAUUACUUCAAUGUAAUCAUUUGGUUUUUGGCAUGAGAAUUUGAGAUUAUGGAACUUAAUUUCCGCAAAAGAUAGUUGCUUUACAUGUUCACAUAGAAAUAUACUGUAUAGAGAACUGUACGCAAAUUUGAAAAAAAAACAAGGUAUUAAGAUAUUUUCUGUAAUAUUUACGAUAUGAGGCUGAAUAAAAGGAGCAAUCUUUUUCUGUUUAUUAUGUUAGUAUAUUCUUUGUAAGAUGAAAAGAACAUGUGGUCAGAAGUAACUUGACAUCUUUCCCAGAACUGAGCUUUCCAUUUUGAGUGACAUUUAAAGGUGAAGUCCACCCUGAAAAUUCAUAAAAGAAUAACAAAUUCGUCAGACUUUUGAUGUCUCAUGCGAGCAGCUCUCAAAUUUGUUGUGUAAUAACAUUGUUUGUAAAUCUUGAUGAAGGAAUAUUUCUAGUUUGAUAGAAAUCUGCUUUCUAUUGUCUGAUUGUAUAGUGAAGGCACAAGUAAAAUCAUUUUCAGGGUUUCUGAGAAUAGGGCAUUUUAUAGAAUUCAGUUUGCAUAUGAGAGGCUGCUUGUAUAUAUGUAUUGCAACAAAAUAAAAACUUUGGAAAUCUCUUAAUACAUUGUUCUUAGAUGUUUUGACAAAACCAUCAUGUUUCUCUUAUUCUACUUUUAUCUAAUCCGACUUGAUGUGAACGUUGACUUAUUCUAUAAUGCCAUUUCAAGUAUUUAUUUCAUUUGGAAGUAAUAGUAUUUGGUAUUGGUGAAUUACAUGCCAAUGUGUAAUGUUUUCAGGAUUAUUCUUUCUAGUGUAAUGUUAUUUCUAGCCUGGUUUUGUUCAUUCAAAGAAACAUCUUCAAAAUCAUUCAAUGUGAAUGUUUCCCUUUUUUCAGUAUGCUAAUCUUGUCACUUGAUUUGCAAUAAACCCAGAGUUUUGCAAGAAAUGCAAUAAGUUUUGUUUCUUUUAUUUUUCUCUUGAAAUUCAAUUGUCAAAUACCUAAUGGCAGCGUGUCAAAGCUGGUCAUUAGAAUCAAAUUCAGGGCAUGUACUUGUGUCACCAUCGCCAACACUUUGACCUGGGCUCACUGCGUCACAUGCAGCUGCCCAACCCUACAGAGUCACUGUCCCAAAUACAAACACUUCUCUUCAUAUAUACCUAGGAUGGCUCGGCUGUGGAAUUCACUUCCCGCCAACACAUUCCCUCUAGCUCCCAACAUGGACAGAUUCAAAAAUAAUGUUAAUACAUAUUUGAUUAGCUUCAUACGUGGCAGCUAUGGGCCACUUUUCAUCAUUUUGUGAUGGCAACAUCAGGCCCAAAGAAUAAUCUAUUAAAAAAAAGUCCAUCUAAAGCUUUGGUAAAGGGUCAAUAAUAUGAUUGCACUUAUCUUGCAAAAGUGCAGUGACAUCUUUUUUUCAGAGUUUGUUGAUUCUUGGUGCAAAUGUGAACUUUGGUUUGUACCCUCUCUCAGUAUUGUUUGGAUUUCUCACUACAGAGGACCUUUGAGCACUUACCUUAUCAGGCAGCUUCAUACAAAGAUCAUACCGUUAAAUUUUUUAACCCUUUCCAUCAUUAUUAUAAAAUGUUUGGAUAUUGUUAUUUAAACUGGGCUCACAAUUUCACCUGAUCAAAUAAAGUCAAUAAAA